AUGGCCCCAAGUACCGUGGCGGUAGAGAUGCUCAGUCCCAAGGAGAAAAACAGACUGCGGAAGCCGGUGGUGGAGAAGAUGCGUCGGGACCGCAUCAACAGCAGCAUAGAGCAGCUGAAGCUGCUGCUGGAGCAGGAGUUCGCGCGGCACCAGCCCAACUCCAAGCUGGAGAAGGCCGACAUCCUAGAGAUGGCUGUCAGCUACCUGAAGCACAGCAAAGCCUUCGCCGCCGCUGCCGGUCCCAAGAGCCUGCACCAGGACUACAGCGAGGGCUACUCGUGGUGCCUGCAAGAGGCUGUGCAGUUCCUGACCCUGCACGCCGCCAGCGACACGCAGAUGAAGCUGCUCUAUCACUUCCAGCGGCCCCCAGCUCCCACCGCACCUGCCAAGGAGCCGCCGACGCCGGGCGCUGCUAUCCACCCCACGCGCUCCCCGGCCAAAGCCGCUGCCGCCACUUCCCGCCAACCAGCCUGCGGCCUCUGGCGGCCCUGGUGACCCCGCGGCCAACGGGUGCCUGGAGCGGAUCAGAGGACAGACAAGCCGGUUCCUCUCGUUCCUCUCGGUGUAGGGAAGACCUUCCCCAGCCGCAGUUCAGCCCCAGGUUGGCCGCCACCUUCUUCUGAAGGCUCCCUCCCCAAGGCUGGCUGGCCAGCAGGAGGGUCAUUCUUAGAGAAUGUACGUGCAGAGUUGUCAUUUGGGGAUAAUCAG